AUGCCGCCAUUUAUCCAGCAAAAGUUCAGCCUCACAGCAGAUUCUGCCUCCAUUGUCACCUUUGACCACGGUCUCCUUCGCCCUGUGCACGUUGAGCUUCCCGUCAACAAGUACAGUCAACGGGUUCCUCUGAACCAAUUUUGGCGUCUUCGACGAGUUGGAGGGCUCAAGUGGGAGUACUUUUGCAGUUGUCCACCCCCUGGCAACACCCCUGGUAUCCCGGCAAGGUGCUACACAGUCAAUAAGCAGGGCUCCCGCUUCAAUGGCCGCACGUACUUGGGCUGCGGCAAGACUAGGCAACGUUGUCUAUGGAAAGCUGAUGCCCGCCCUCCUGCUGAACCUGAAUUUCCUGACCCUGAGGAAUUCAACGAGGAAUUCAACGAAGAAUUUGCCCAGCUUAUGAAUGACUUGCAGAUUCAGGAGGCGCAAAGCAACGCCCAACUCCCUACUUCUCCAAAACUGACUGAGAUUGAAGAACUAGGUAAAGAUUUUGGCAAACUCCUGGGUGACGUACCUCUUGCCCCUUCCGAACAGGCCCUCCUGCAAAGUGACACCUGCCGCGGAGUUGCGUCUCAAAUUUCAGCAGAAUUUAACAAGCUCAUGGAGGACCUCACCAUAAGCACAGCAGAAUUGAUUUCACAGGGUGUUGAGCCCAUGAUCUGGAAUGCAAUAGCUGAAGAAUGGCAGCUCUCAGAAGCGGAUUAUAACGGACUUGUUGCAUACUUUGCGGGCCAGGACGACGUGUUUGUGUCUCGAGACGGUUGCAUUCACUAUAUCCCUGCGCCGGAACUGGCAUUUGAAGAUUCCGCCGUUGACAAUUCCAUCCCCGACUUGAGCCAAAACAGCGACGAUGAACUCGGGGUGGAAGCCUUGAGCCCGGAGUUGAACGACAAAAACAUGCAUCUUGACAUUGAAAUGGAGAGAUCGGAUUCCCCGGAGGAGGCCCUACCUUCUCAGCGUAAAAAAAAGGUCGCAAGUCUUCCAAGUGACCAUCCAAUGUUCAUCGACCUUACCCUUACCUUGGAACUCGAUCAAAUGAAGUUGUCCAACCACAAAACUUUCGAGGAAAUGGAAAUUUCUGGCUGUGGUACAUCUGCAGAGCCCUAUGAGAUCAGAGGCGAGGUGUAA